GGCCAUUUCCUGUUAGCAAAGGGGCUUCUGUACACAGACAAAUGUGCAAAGUAGAGUGCUUCGCAACCCUUCGGUAAAGCUCAGCAACGAGAAUUCAAGACUUCCAAACACAUUCUGGAGUGUCAGGGAAUGUAAUGGCAGUGUUCAAGAAGGACGCCCUGUUGUGCUUGGCCUUACUGCUUUCCUCUGCAGAGGCCUUGGAGCCCAAUGACCCCAUUAUCUGCUACGUGUUAGAUGCAGUUCUGCUCUUCUACUGCAUCAUUUUCACUGCACUGUACUUUAAACUUAAGUUUGAAAGGGCGAGGAGCUUUGUCGUGCAACCUGAUAAGUCUCCUAGCACGGCUCAAGCAGUACAAGAAGAAGGGCAAUAUGAGGCGCUGGUAAGACCAUCAAAUGACGAUUACCAGGAAAUCCAAAGGAAAAGCAAGCCUCGCAAAAACAAGAGUAAAACCAAAGAGCCUAAAAGCAAGAGAAAUGCAGCAGAAGCCAUUGAGAUGAAGCCCACCGCUCCUUUACCACCAUCACGCGACUGAGUCAGUACACACAGGACUGCUUUAAACUCCUCAAGGAUUUUUUUUUUCUUUCUCUACUUCAUCAGAACAUCUGCUCAUUUAACUGGGCAUCUGUAAAAUUUUUACAGAUUAUACCUAGUGGAAAAUUCUGGAGGCUGAUUACGUGCAAUCUGUCUAUUUGCUUGCAUAAAAAUGUUAGUAAUUUAUAUAGCUUUUAAAAAAACAAAACAAAAUAAAAAAAGUAUAUAUUGGA